AGUUUUACCCCCCAGUGUGUGUGUUUGUGAAGAUCAACGACACAAAAGCUCAUAGAUCUCAAACACAGUGUCCUCUCCGGACUCAUAUAUGUGUGUUGUGUUUUCAAAGAGCUCUCUGGGGUGGAAAUAAAUCAAUCUAGAUGAGGUUUACGAAGAGUUAACCGGACCUAACGUUACUGGAUUCACAUACACACGCGACCCAUCCGCGUUUAUUCACUUCGUACAGAUGAGACGCUUCAUUUUAAACGACAAACACACACAGAGGUGCUAGAUGGUGUUUGUGAAGGUAGUACGUAAUGCUGAAGGGGCUCGUCCGGAGUCAGAAUGAGUGUUAAAGAUGGCGAUGGGACGACUAACCAAGACGGAAAGGCCUUUGAACUUCAGAUAUACCCACGACUGUCUGUGGAGACAUCGUCGUGUUGCACGCUCAAAGUCACCAAGGAGGCCACGGCAGCUAGCGUCAUCCAGGAUGCGUCGACGACCCUCGGACUUGACGCCAGUAAGCGCUACGUCCUGGCCGAGGUGAAGGAAUGCGGCGGAGAGGAAUGGGUCUUGGAAUCUACCGAUAUUCCGGUCCAUAGGGUUCUUCUUUGGCCACGGAAAGCCCAGGAACAGCAUUCGCAGAAAGAAGGAUUUUACUUUCUCCUUCAAGAACGCAACCACGAUGGUUCGAUCCGUUACGUUCACCUGCCUGCCGUUGCCAGCGAGCGGGAUUCCAAGCGACUGGUCGCUCGUGGUUUCCUGCCUCCGCAGCAGGAGGACUUCGAGGAUCUCUGCAACCUCCCGCUCCUCAACGAGGACAGCAUCUUGGCCAACCUCCGCAAUCGAUUUCGUAAGAAGAAGAUUUACACUUAUGCUGGAAGCAUUCUGGUCGCUAUUAACCCUUUUAAGUUCCUGCCCAUUUACAACCCCAAAUACGUCAAGAUGUACGAGAACCAUCAGCUGGGAAAGUUGGAACCCCACAUUUUUGCCAUCGCUGAUGUGGCGUACUACGCCAUGCUGCGUAAGCACAUCAACCAAUGCAUUGUUAUCUCAGGGGAAAGUGGAUCUGGAAAAACUCAAAGCACUAAUUUUCUCAUUCACUGCCUUACCGCCCUAAGCCAAAAGGGUUAUGCUAGCGGAGUGGAGAGAACCAUUUUGGGUGCUGGGCCUGUGCUGGAGGCAUUUGGCAACGCAAAGACCGCACACAACAACAACUCCAGCCGUUUUGGGAAGUUCAUUCAGGUGAAUUAUCUGGAAAGCGGAGUCGUACGAGGGGCUGUUGUCGAAAAAUAUCUGCUGGAAAAGUCUCGCCUGGUGUCCAGAGAGAAGAACGAAAGGAACUACCACGUGUUUUAUUACCUGCUGGUGGGCGCGUCCGAGGAGGAGCGGAGAGAAUUCAAACUCCUCCAGCCUGAAGAAUACUUCUACCUCAAACAGGAAAACUUUACGAUAGAAGAUGCUGAUGAUCUUCGGCACGAUUUCGAGCGACUACAACAGGCCAUGGAGAUGGUUGGUUUUCUACCGGCCACAAAGAGACAGAUAUUUUCCGUUCUGUCGGCCAUCUUAUAUUUGGGUAACGUGACGUACAGUCAGAAGUCCACAGGCAGAGAAGAAGGCUUGGAUGUGGGACCUCCAGAAGUCCUUUCCACCCUUUCAGACCUGCUUAAGGUUAAGAUGGAGUUGUUGGUGGAGGCUCUCACCAAGAGGAAAACUGUAACUGUCAACGACAAGCUAAUUUUGCCGUACAGUCACAGUGAGGCGAUCACGGCACGAGACUCGAUGGCCAAGUCCCUGUACAGCGCACUGUUCGACUGGAUCGUCCUGCGCAUCAAUCACGCUCUGCUGAAUAAGAAAGAUAUGGAGGAGGAGGUUUCGUGUUUGUCUAUCGGCGUGCUCGACAUCUUCGGCUUUGAAGACUUCCCGACCAACAGCUUUGAACAGUUCUGCAUCAACUACGCCAAUGAACAACUUCAGUAUUACUUCAACCAGCACAUUUUUAAACUUGAACAGGAGGAGUAUCAGACGGAAGGCAUCACCUGGCACAACAUUGACUACACCGAUAAUGUUGGAUGUAUUCACUUAAUCAGCAAAAAACCAACUGGGCUUCUCUAUUUACUCGACGAGGAGAGCAAUUUCCCCCAUGCCACUGAUAAAACCUUACUGGCGAAGUUCAAACAGCAGCACCAGCAGAACCAGUACUUUGUGCCGACUCCGGUGAUGGAACCGGCUUUUGUCAUUCUGCAUUUCGCUGGGAAGGUCAAAUACCAGAUUAAGGAUUUCCGUGAGAAGAAUACAGAUCACAUGCGUCCGGAUAUCGUGGCUCUCCUCCGCAGCAGCGACCGUGCUUACGUCCGGCAGUUGAUCGGGAUGGAUCCUGUGGCGAUGUUCCGCUGGGGAAUCCUUCGAGCCACCGUCCGCGCAAUGGCCGCGUUCAACGAGGCCGGCCGCCGAUGGGCUGCCAAGACUGCGGGUGUAGUGAGACCAAACUCAAGGGUUCCUCUCGGGGAGCUGCAGAGAUCCAACGUGCCCAUCGAGAAGAUGUACCGCCAUGCCCCUAUGCUUGAUUUCUCCUUUGAUCACUCAGAGGAGCGCCCCCUAGAGGUUUUUGAAGACAUCUUUGCUAGUUAUGAGAGUAAAAAGGACAUGCAUGCCCAAAUCAUCAACUCCAUUAAAGACUUGCAGUUGGAUGGAGAAGAUCCACGCAAGCUGUUGCAGUCCUGGGGUCGCCUGCGGUUCCCGCGCCACGCCCUCCAGAAGAACAAGAACCCCAAGAGUAAGCAACUCAUUCCUAAGAACCUGUUGGAUUCUCGAUCUCUGAAAUUCGUAGUUGGCCUUCACGACCGCACGACCAAGUCUUUGCUUCAUCUCCACAAGAAGAAACGCCCUCCCAGCAUCAGUGCCCAGUUUCAAACAUCUCUGGGCAAGCUGCUGGAGACGUUGGGAAAAGCUGAACCCUUCUUCAUCCGAUGCCUUCGCUCCAACGCUGAGAAGAAGGAAAUGUGUUUCGAUGAGGCUCUCAUCGUACAACAGUUGCGCUACACGGGCAUGCUGGAGACGGUGCGAAUCAGACGCUCGGGAUACGGAGCAAAAUACACUUUUCAGGAGUUCAUUGAGCAGUUUCGUGUGUUACUACCGAAGAAGAAUGCAACCCUGGAGGAUAUAUCAUCUCUGUUGCACAGAAUUGGCUUUGACAACACUACCUACCAGAUUGGAAAAACCAAGGUGUACUUGAAAGAGCUUGAAAGGCAAAAGCUACAGGACAUCUUGCACAAAGAUGUCAUGAACAAAAUAAUUUUCUUGCAGCGCUGGUUUCGAGCUAAACUGCAAAGGUGGGAAUUUGUUCGAAUGAGAGAAGCAGCCGUCUUGAUCCAGUGCUCGUGGCGUAGGUACCACAAAGAGAAGUUUUACCGGGCCGCAGUUCUGAUCCAGGCAGCAUGGCGAGGUUCCCGACAGCGAGAGGAAUAUCAAAAAACACGAGCUUCAAUCACGACAGUGCAGGCUCUUGCAAGAGGCCAAUCGGCUCGAAAACGGUACCAGUUACUAAAGGAAGAAAAGAGGAAGAAGGAGGAAGAGGAAGCUCGGAGAAGGGAAGAGGAAGCUCGAAGGAGGAAAGAAGAAGAGGUGGCGAGGCGUGCCAGGGAAGCCGAAGAGGAAAUCAGACAAGCAAAAUUGGCCGAAGAGGAAGCCAGAAGAGUCAAAGAGGCAGAAGAGGCAACAAGGCGUGCCAAAGAAGCUGAGGAGAACGCUGCUCGGCUUGCGUUAGAAGCUAAACGUCAAGCUGCAGAACAACAAGAGAAGCCUGCACUACAGCAACCAACUGUAAAACCAUCAGGCCAACGGCCUGACAAGAACGAGACACUAGUCCAAGAGCAAAAUAAUAAGACCCCUGUGAAUGUUGAGGCUGAAGAUACAGCCAGAGCCCAGGUCUCAAAGGCGCAAAAAGAUUCAGAAUUGAUUCCUUGGGUAGAGGCUGGCCCUCAGCCUGAGGUCCAGAAGAACCAGCAGCAGAACGAGAGCAAAUCCUCACAUCCCAGUGAAGAAGGUACACAAGCUAAACCACCUGAAACCAAAGCUCCUUCCCUCUCCAAAAGUCUAGAGAAGCGGGAGCAAAGGAGACAACGGGGUCUAGAACACAAUCAGAGAGAAAGUCAGCGGGCGGCUUCGGGUGUAAAAGAAGAUACAUCCUUCAAGAGCAAAACACUUGAGAGUCCCGGAAAAUCGGAGACCAAGUUGAAGGAGCGGUCAGACAGUAAAGAGUUGGACCAGUACACCUUCGUGGCUUGGAAGGGUGAAAAGGUGAAGAAAGAUGAGCUUGUCCGGCCUUCCACCUUACCCCUAGACAUCCCUGCUUCUGCACCUGGUAGAAACGGCUAUGGUGACCCAGCCAUCAGCAAACCUUCUCCUGCGAAAGAAGAGGCCAGCAAGAGAAAGGAACCUUCUAGGAGCAACACUCAACCGGAGAACCUCAUAGCGGGACCUCGCAGUCUGGAGGACAGGAACUUGAAAACUCUCCAGAAUCGAGGAAUCUCUGUGUCGCUAGAUGACGUGUCAAGGAUAGGUGCAGAUAGUCCAUCACAGGACAAAGGUCGCCCGAGACGCAAAAAGCGACAUGCACUUGCACGAAUCUGUUUGCCGGUUAAAAGUGUUGAAAUGGAGGAUGCAGAUUUGUGGACUUUGUCUUCCAGGAGUCCACUGCAGAAGCCGGCCAGAAUCGAGAACUCUUUCGAUGGAGCAAAGCCCAGCACGUUAAAGGAGCGGAGCCAUGACAGCCACGCCCACCAGGAUGUGUCGCUGAUUCAGCCCUCCACUCCUGAGAGGUCAACAGGCUUCUUCAAAAAGAUCCUGAAGAUACGUCCGCAUAAGGAAGCCCAGACGCCAGAAGAAGAAGACCUAAGCUUGGCUGUGAAAGAAGCGACCUUACCAUCACGCUCGCAUAAUCCGAAGCCUCACUCCACCCGGUCGGGUCAGAUGCCCAGCAUCAAGAUCAGUCACAUGGCCGGACGCUCCUCUGAGCAGUGGAACGCCUCGCUAAACCGCAUGAUAACCAAUGCCAACGAGCUGCGCCACCUCGACGAGUUUCUGGGCAAUCAGGUGAAUGACCUACGUUCGCGUGGAAAGCAGUUAUCGGGAACAGAGCACAUUUUUAUCACCGCUACCAUGCAGUUCAGAGAGUUCAUAAAGAACAUGUAUUCAAUCCCUAAACCUCAGAUCGCUUACAAGGGUUUGAUGAAUUGCUAUCAGAAUAAAGUGAUCAGUCUGGCCGGAGAGAAGCAGAAAGGAGAGGUGGUGCUGGUGGUCAAUCUGUUCCAGUCGGUUCUGGACGGGUUCAUCAGAGCCGAGAUCAAAAAAGAAGAGGCCGAACCAACCAAGCCCCCCAAAAGUGGUAAGAAGAGGAGAAAGAAAAGCAAGAGUUUGGAGAGUCCGCUGGAUCACGUGUUUACGCACUAUCAAGUAAACAUCAUGCAGUCAUGUGACCAGUGCACAUCGUACAUCUGGGGCAUGGAGAAGGCCUACAUGUGUAGCUAUUGCAAAAUGGUUUGUCAUAAGAAAUGUAUCUGUAAAAUCAUCAUCGACUGCUCUACUUUCUCCUCCAAAAAGUGUGAAGAUGAGCCUGGAUCACAUCACUUCGGUGUGCGCGUAUGUCACCUGGUCAACGACAGGGCGCCUGUGCCGAUCGUGUUAGAGAUAAUGCUGGAACACGUAGAGAUGAACGGACUGUACACCGAGGGCAUUUACAGAAAGUCCGGCUCGGCCAAUCGCAUGAAGGAACUACACCAGCUGUUGGAAAUGGGUCCGGAGUUUGUGUGUUUGGAGGAUUACCCCAUCCAUGCGAUCACAGGUCUGGUCAAACAGUGGCUGAGGGAGUUGCCUGAACCUCUUAUGACCUUCACCCAUUACAACGAUUUCCUCCGGGCUAUAGAACUGCCUGAAAAGCAGGAACAGUUACUCGCCAUUUACAAAGUCCUGGAGCAGCUUCCCACAGCAAACUUCAACACCCUGGAGAGACUCAUUUUCCAUCUUGUCAGGGUCGCGAAAGAAGAGAAAAGCAAUCGUAUGACACCGAACUCUCUGGCCAUCGUUUUCGCUCCAUGCAUCCUCCGCUGUCCGGACAGCGCUGACCCGCUUAUGAGCAUGAAGGAUGUCGCCAAAACCACAACUUGUGUAGAGAUGCUUCUUAAUGAACAGAUCCGGAGAUACAACGAGAAAAUGGAGGAGAUCGAACAGCUGGAGUACGCAGAGGCGCUGGCUGUCAAUCAACUAAAACUCAAAAGACAGAACACGUGCUGCCAUUUGCCUCUCAGGUUUAUCUCUCCUUACAAAGAAGUGCCGGUUCGGGAGAAGCCACCGUCCGACCUUCGUGUGGUGCCUGAGAAUGAACCUCUGGAUUCGGAUACAGAAGCGGAGCUAAACCUGAUGGAGCGGAUCAAAUCCAUAAAGCAGGAAAAAGAGGACCUGGCGUGCAGGCUGCCCGAACUAGAACAGCCCGGUUCAGACCAGGAGAACCUGGACUCGGAGGCUUCGGAGAGCUCCGAAAGCUUGCUGGAUGAGCGGGGUGUCUGUCCGGACACGGAAGGACAUACAAAGCUAGUGCCAAGGUUGUCCAAACCAAGCCUUCCUACAUCUUCUGUCCCGGUCCAGGCAGCCAACAUGAGGCCUGAUGGCUCAUCUCUGCUUUCGCUAUCUUCUCUCAGGCUUCAGCUCCAGCGUCGCUACCCCAUCAUCCCUGGAACAGUCAAACUGCCACCAGGACUCCUGUGCCACCCGGCUGUACAGUCCCUCCCUCCCCGCAAAGCCCAGUCUCUGACUCUCGUCCGGCCUCGCGAGCAACCCGGCCGCCGCAAAGACAGCAUCCAGUCCCUUUACAUCGCGGCAGGAACCGAACUCUUUUUCCAGUCCCCAACCGCAGCCCCCGACACAAAGGAGCUCAAGACCCACAGCGACGUCACCCGACGCUUCUCAAACCCGGAUGUUGCCUUCGUAAAAGAGGAGGUUUGACUUUGAAACUGCCCGAAUUUGAUUGGUUCUCAUCUCUGCUGCAGUCAGAGCGACUAUACAGAGUUGUCUCACCUAGCACUUUCCAUACUAAUAAUAUAUUGGAUUUUUUUAAAGACGUUCGUGUGACAGACAGACGUUGACAUGCAUCAGCGUUUUAUGCUUAAUUCUUUUUUUUUAUUCAUUUUUAAAGCACCUUUUGCCUUUUUCAUCAUCAUCAAACAAUAACUCAUCGUAUCUGAGGAAUCACAGCUUGAAGAUUUUUGUGGUCAGAUUAAUUUUUACUAGCAAGCCUUCAUCCGACUGUUAAACUCUAGUUCUUAUAGUUUUGAAUUUCUGCAUGAAAACUCUGGACCAGUUUCGGACAUGUGCGGGAAAGGACGCAGCACAAGCCACUUUCCUCUUGGACGAAAUGCCAUAACCGAAUUUUUCAGAAUAAAUAGUUUUAAACUCUGAUGCUACGUCAAGCGAUAUGACACUUGAGAUUUUUAUGAAUGUUUGUUGAGAAUAAUAAAUGCAGUUAGUGGCAAAGCGAUUGUGUUAAAUACUAAAGUCAACUGUUGUUGUCAUGUUUGGAAAGUAAGGAAUGAAUGCUGUCUGGAUGGGUAUGAUGUAAAUUAUUACGUCACUUGGACUGUACGUGUCUGUUAGUAUGGUUAUCAUCAAUGAUACAUUUAUUGGAGGAAACAAACUAAUUAUUUUCUUACAAUACAAUUUGUACUGGCCGCAAAA